UCAUAUGCUAUCACAUUCUGUCUGCCUCCCAUCCCAUAUUUUUUCAACUUGCAUGUGUGGUUUGAACGUGUGCAAGAAUUUGUGUGUGGUGUGUUCUGGAGUUUGGGAAUGUGUUUUGUGUUAUUCUGUCUGAGCAGGUAUUUGUGAUAAUAGAUCUUGAGAAGAUCUUUCCGACGCAACAAGAAUCCCUUCAAUCGGAGCAAGAACGCGAAAGCUAUGAAGAUUCAAAGUUCAUGAGCUUGCGUUACAAUUGCGGCGGUUACAAAGUGAAGUUGUGGGGUGACUCUAUAUGGAGUUGGGACCUUUGGGGGUUUGGGAAAUUUGUCACUCACUGUAACAGCUGCAAAUUGGUUGGGAACAACCAAGCUAGGUUGGCAAGGGUGGCCAACUUGGAUGGAUUGGUUGGGAAGGGACAAAUGUCAAAGUUGGGGUUCCUAUAGGGAGGGAAUCUUUGUGCUUAUGGGGUUUCCUUGGUUGGGGACUCUCUUGGGACCUUCCCUCUCAUCCCUCUCUUCCUAUCCCAACCUUUCUCUUGCUCCUUCUAAUUCCUUGUGAGAUUCUUGAACUUUGAUUGAACCCUUGAGAUUGAGUUAAGUUCUCCUCCUACAGCUUACCCCCUAGUGCGUCGAAAGCCAUAGCGUCGCGAAUACUUCAUCAAUCAACGUGAUUCAAAUUGGGAACGGUAGCUGAGAUCAAGAGCUACAACAUAUCCAAGUUUCGCGACAUUCCAACGGCUAGUGUUUUGUCGACGUCGUUUCUUGUGAAGACGACUUUUCUGUCCAGAAUUUCGGAUUUAUAUUUUGAGUAAUUCUAGCUCCUAAGUUCACCUAGACUCUGUCCUUAAUCCUAACAAGUGGUAUCAGAGCCAUAUUAAGGACAUUGAGAGGAGUCUACAGAAGUGUGAAGACCCUUCUAGACCCACCAUGGCCUGUGGGUGUGCCUAAGUGGUGUUCUAAAGGUUGGAUGUGUCUUCCGCUAAGGGGAAACUCUGCCGAAAUUUCGUGGACGCCGACACUUGUGAAAAUAUCGAGGGAGCUGAGUGUGGACAGCAAAGGGGAGCUGAAAUUCGUCAUUUCUCAAGGAGAAGAUGAAUGAGAGAGGAGGAGAUGCUAAUGGAAGAGGAGCUGUACCUGAGAAGACAACCCAACACUCUCCUGAUGGUGAUCGUGCUCGAGAAGGAACUUGCUGCCAUCUCCAUGCAACCAGGGGACGAUGUGAAGCCGGUCCUUGACAAGAUCAAGGACACCUAUGCAAGGAUGGCAGCAGCGGGCAGCAGUGUAUCUCAGCUGCAGCAAGGUAGAGGCCGAGGUGACUAUAAUGAGGGGCAUGGGAGCUCCAGUGGCAGGGGGAGUACCAGAAUGGAGGGCACCUGCUGGUACUGCAAGAAGGUCGGGCAUCCUUGGUUCAAGUGCUUCAGCAGGCCGGAGGGAUGGGCACCUCCAGGCAUGAAGCCGCCAAGUGGUGAACGCGCACAAGGUGGCGCUGUGCAAGAUGAAGGUGCACAAGGUAACGCCUAUCCUGGGAUGUAUCUCAUGGUUGAGGAUGUGCAUGGGCAUGAGGGUGAUGUGGGAUCUGUCGGAAAGGUUGUGAUGCACCCUCUCACGCACUGGGUGAUUGAUUCGGGUUGCACCAGUCACAUGACCCCACGGGCAGAUUUGCUUGAUGAGGUAAAACCCCCUGGGAAGAUCAAGUAUGUGGCAGCAGCGUCAGGUGCUUUGCUCCCCGUUAUUGGUGUUGGGAAUGCCAAGGUUAAGGGAGCUAAUGGGGAGCUUGUGGGGCUUGGGAAUGUUCUGCUGGUUAAAGGCUUGUCUGCUAACCUUCUCUCUGUGCGGCGGCUGCAGAAGAGUAAGGCCGAAGUGACCUUUGGACCAACCAGCUGCCGUGCUAAGCUUGGGAAGAAGAGGGAAUGCGGACACAAGGUGAAGGUGAUCCGCAGUGACAAUGGUGGGGAGUUCAUUGGAGCUGAUUUUGAGGGGGAGUUGAAGAGGAAGGGGAUCCAGCAUCAACUGACAGUGCCCUACAAUCCGCAGCAGAAUGGCGUGGCUGAGAGGUUCAACAGGACCCUGCAGGAGGGGGCACGCACUCUCCUUGGGCGUGCAGGGCUACCUGAUCCGUUUUGGGUGUCUGCACUGAGGCAGGUCGCCCUUGUGAAGAACAGGGUGCUGGCUACAGUUGGAGAUAAGGAGUGGAUCCCAUAUAUCAAGUGGUAUGGGAGUGCUCCAGCUGUGAACAUGCUGAGGGCAUUUGGGUGCAUGGUAGUGUUUCAUGUGCCUAAGGAGAAAAGAGGGAAGUUGGAGGCUUCUGGAAGAUGGGGUGUGCACUUGGGGAUUGCAAAGGAUCACAAGGGAUGGCUGCUAUGGGACUUGACCACCCAGAAGCUGACAGUGUCAAGGGAUGUGAAGUUUCUUGAGUCCCUGUACUACAAGGAAUGGAAGCAGCAGCAACAGAAGCUUCCAUCUACACCGCUCAUUGUGGAGGCAGAUGAGUGAGGCUGACCUAUGGGGGAAGAGGCAAGC